CAGAAUGCAUCGUUCAUGGAGGGACAUGUCUUCUACUUCAUCAUCUUUUCUUCUGGCCCACAGGGUGUGGAUAUUAAUGCAAGAGGCGAGUGGAAGACCUUGCCCGCCCCUCUUGACCACAUUAAUCUUCAUGUCCGUGGGGGCUACAUCCUGCCCUGGCAAGAGCCUGCGCUGAACACCCACUUAAGCCGCCAGAAAUUCAUGGGCUUCAAAAUUGCCUUGGAUGAUGAGGGAACUGCUGAGGGUUGGCUCUUCUGGGAUGAUGGGCAAAGCAUUGAUACCUAUGGGAAAGGACUCUAUUAUUUGGCCAAUUUUUCUGCCAGCCAGAAUACAAUCCAGAGUCAUGUAAUUUUCAACAGUUACAUCACCAGUACAAACCCUUUGAAACUGGGCUACAUUGAAAUAUGGGGAGUGGGCAAUGUCCCCAUUACCAGUGUCAGCAUGUCUGUGAGUGGCAUGGUCAUAACACCCUCCUUCAACAGUGACCGCACGACACAGGUGCUAAGCAUCGAUGUGACUGACAGAAACAUCAGCCUACAUAAUUUCACUUCAUUGACAUGGAGAAGCACUCUGUGAAUUUUUAGAGCAAGAUCCUAACUAUGAAUGACUUUGAAACUAAUACACUUCAUACUCAUAAAAAUUAUUGUGUGUGGCUAAUGGGUUCAUUCUCAUUACUGGUGAAAUAUUUUUGUUAAUUUUGUUAUAUGUUUUGCGUGUGAACCCUAAAGGUUAAAUCUUACCCCUGUGGGAUAGCAGUAGGGAGGUGUGGAAAAUCUGUGUAUUACCUUAAUGUCUCUAUGUGGUUAGAAUGGUAGUGAUUGUUCAUCAUAUGACAUUUACUGAAGAAGAACUGGGUCCAUGAUGAAGUGUAUGUCCAUAUGUGUAAUCAUGGAAUGGACCCCAUUCUCUUGCUAAAUACACAAGAAAAAGCUUUCUGUGACAGUUCCAGGUCUUGAAGCUAAUCAUUACCUCAAGAAAGUAUCCAGAAAGAACAUCUGCUAGUUGGUUUUAGGCGGGUCAGAGUGGGGAACAAUACACCUAAUUGGUUAUAGGUGGGGUGGGGGUGGGGCGAUCAUGAUAAGGGAAGAAAAGGCAAACACAAGGACAGAUCAGAGGAAACAGAAGAUGAUAGUAAAAGUGAUCACAAGUAAGAACAUAA